CAUGAAAUUGUCCAAAUUGUCUUGGUAUGCUGACGCCUUAAGAGUUCCCUUCACUGGAACUAAGGGGCCACAGGAAAUUUGGGGGUCUUUCGCUAUUGACUCUGCAGACAGUUGCGCUGACCCCGCUCUGUCAUUUUAUGUGGCCUACCACUUCGUGACUGAUUUGCUGUUGUUCCCAGUUGCUUCCACUUUGUUAUAAUACCACUAACAGUUGACUGUGGAAUAUUUAGUAGCAAGGAAAUUUCAUGGAUGGACUUAUUGCACAGUUGGCAACCUAUCACAGUACCACGCUUGAAUUCACUGAGCUCCUGAGAGCGACCCAUUCUUUCACAAAUGUUUGUAGAAGCAGUCUGCAU